CCUUCAUGUAGUACCUUACCAUGAGUCCUGCCUGCUCAAAGUGGAGUCCUCCAGAGCUGAGAAUGAUCGUGGUCCUCCAGUUCAUGGCUUUCUGUCUGGCUCUGGUCUCCACCGUCUUCCUCAUUGUAGCAACAUGGACAGACUGUUGGAUGGUUAAUGCUGAUGACAGCUUAGAGGUCAGUCAGAAAUGUAGAGGUCUUUGGUGGGAGUGCGUCACAAAUGCAGAAGAUGGCAUUAGAACUUGUGACCAGUAUGAUAGCAUUUUAGCAGAACAUCCUUUGAAAAUUGUGUUGACAAGAGCACUGAUGAUCACAGCGGACAUCUUAGCCAGCUUUGCCCUCAUCGUCCUGGUCUUCGGCUUGGAGUUUGUAAAGUUUCUCAAAGAAGAGCCCCAUAUUAAAUUGAGAAUGUGUUACAUGGCAGGAUUCAUAUUUGGGGUAGGAGGAAUCCCAGGAAUGAUUGGCUCCGUGUGGUAUGCAGUGGAUGUGUACGUGGAGAGGGCAACUCUUGUCCUGCAGAAUGUCUUUUUAGGUAUCCACUAUGAAUUUGGCUGGUCCUGCUGGCUGGGAAUGGCAGGAUCAACAGGCUGCUUUCUAGCUUCAAUUGUGCUCACUUGUUGUCUUUAUAUAUUCAGAGAUGCCAGAUCAUCUCGAUAUCACAGGUCAAUAUACCAAUAUGGAAGGACAGCUGCUGGCAAGAUAUAUGCCAUGGAUUCCAGAGUGUAAUGAGAAUGGUGGCCUGUAAAUAAGACAGGUGAAGCUGAAUGUGGUUGCUUAGUGUGAGAGUCAGGACACUGGUGUAGC